AUGCGUGGCGAAAUCUGUCAUAUUCACCUUGGCCAGGCUGGUACCCAGCUGGGUAACGCCGCAUGGGAGCUUUAUCUACUCGAGCAUGGCCUGUUGCCCGAUGGACGUAUAAAUCCGGAUGCUAGCAAGGAAAUUCACCAGAGCAGCUCAUAUGAGACAUUUUUCGCCGAGGCCGAAAAUGGCAAAUAUGUUCCUCGUUCAAUCUUUGUCGACCUUGAUCCUUCGCCUAUUGACGAGAUACGCACUGAUGCUCGUGGUCACUAUACUGUCGGCAAGGGGCUCUUGGAUAAUGUUAUUGACCGAAUCCGACGUGUGGCCGACAACUGCUCUUCCCUUCAGGGGUUCUUGAUCUUCCGCUCCAUUGGUGGUGGUACUGGAUCUGGCUUCGGUGCUUUGUUGCUCGAGCGCCUUGCUGCUGAGUAUGGCAAGAAAUCGAAGCUAGAGUUCGCAGUCUACCCAUCUCCAAGUGUGGCAACUGCCGUGGUAGAGCCAUACAAUGCUGUUCUAUCGACACAUAGCACUAUUGAAAACUCCGAAUGUACUUUUCUCGUUGACAACGAAGCGGUUUACGAUAUCUGCAAGCGCAACCUAGACAUCCCUCGCCCUGGAUUUGACCACCUCAACCGGCUCAUUGCCCAGGUGGUUAGCUCUGUCACCGCCAGCUUGCGCUUCGAUGGUGCCCUCAAUGUCGACUUAAACGAGUUCCAGACCAACCUCGUGCCGUUUCCGCGUAUUCAUUACCCUCUUAUUUCCUAUGCUCCCAUCAUAUCUAGUAACCGCAGCGGCCACGAAGGCCAUAAAGUCAAGGAACUUACCUUACAGUGCUUUGAACCUAAAAAUCAGAUGGUCGUGUGCGAUCCUUACAAGGGCAAGUAUAUGGCUGUGGCACUUCUGUACCGAGGAGACGUCGUGCCUUACGAAUGCAGCCAAGCUAUUGCUCAUGUCAAAUCCAAGGCCUCUUUCAACCUAGUCGAGUGGUGUCCAACCGGGUUUAAGGUUGGCAUUAAUUAUCAAAAGCCUGUAAGUGUGCCCGAUAGCCAACUUGCAGCUGUCGACCGCUCAGUCACUAUGCUCUCUAAUUCCACCUCUAUCGCUGAGGCCUGGGGCCGUCUCGAUCACAAAUUUGACCUUAUGUACACCAAACGUGCCUUCGUCCACUGGUACGUGGGUGAGGGCAUGGAGGAGGGCGAGUUCUCCGAGGCUCGUGAGAACCUGGCGGCUCUGGAGAGGGAUUACGAGGAGAUCGCCGGUGAUGCUAUGAAUUCCGAUGGCGAACUAGAGCAAGAGUUCUGA